CCUCUAUAAAGGGGCCACUGUAAAUUUACUUGCCAAAGGAGGCUUUCAUACCUAGGUGGGAGCAAGGAAGCUUAUAACAUCCUUGGUGGGAGUUUUACACGUACGUCAGAGAGGAUCUUGGAGGAAAGCUGACCAGUGUGAACAAGCAGAUCCAUCAACAUGUCAGCUGACUCCCUGCCCGUCCCCCUGACCUGGAUCCUACUGGCCAUACUGCCGGUCCUGUUCUACAUAUACGCAGUGCGACCCCUUCAGCUGUUUAAGAAGAUGGGUGUGCCAGGUCCCGCCCCGUGGCCAAUCAUUGGGAACCUGCUGGAUCACAUGAGAGACGGCAUAUGGAACAUUGAGACUCAAGUUGCACGAACACGGAAAUAUGGCACUGUGUAUGGGAUGUUUGGUGGAGGAUUCACGGGUGUCUUCAUAACAGACCCAGAAAUGUUGCAGGAUGUGUUUGUGAAGAAAUUCCACAGUUUUACAAACCGCCAGACUAAGGACCUUCAGAUCAACGUAAGACCUGCGGGUCGCAUGCUGACAUCGCUGUUUGACGAGGACUGGAAGAGCGUACGGAGCACCGUCAGUCCGGCCUUCAGUGGGGGCAAGCUAAAACAGAUGGCAGGACCAAUGAACAGCUGUGCUGAUCUGCUGAUAGAGAACAUGAGCAAGUUUGCAGAAAGUGGUGAAUGCUUCGAGGUCAAGGAACUCACUGGUGCCUUCACCAUGGAUGCGAUCACCAGGACAGCGUUUGGUACUCAGAUCGACUCACAGAAGAAUCCAGAUGAUCCUUUUGUUGUCUAUGCAAAGAAGAUGAUUGACAGACCAAUUUCUCCUGCCCUUCUCAUGUUCAUGUUUUUUCCAAAGCUGAUGAAACCAAUCUUUGAGAAGUUUCAAGUCGGUAUCUUCCCAACUGCACCCACCCAGUUCUUCUACAAUGUUUUUGACCAGUUGAUGGAAAUGAGAGAGACUGAGCAAGAACGUGUGGACUUUAUGCAGCUGAUGAUGAAUGCUCACAAGGAACACGACAAAGAACCUGACGGCAGCGGAGAUAAGCCACGUGGACAGAAACACCCACUCACUAAGGAUGAUGUUGUUGCUAAUGGGAUCCUUUUCUUCAUCGCGGGAUAUGAGACGACUGCUACAACCAUGGCCUUCGCGCUGUACAACCUGGCACUGAACCAAGACGUACAGGAGAAAGUCAGACAGGAGAUUGAACAUGUCAUGGAGGACAAGGAAGUUGUUGACUAUGAGGCUGUCCACAAGAUGUCGUACCUGGAAAUGUGCAUCUUGGAGACCCUGCGUAUGUACCCUCCUGUUUCCAUUAAUAUGCGUGCCAGCUCAGAAGAGGUGAAGCUCAAGUGGCUGACUAUUCCCAAAGGCAUGUUAGUUGGAGUCCCCAUCCUCUCCAUUCACUACGACCCAGAGCGCUGGCCUGAACCAUACAAGUUCAUUCCUGAACGGUUCACAAAGGAAGAGAAGGAGAAGAGGGGAGCCUUUGACUGGGUGCCUUUUGGUUCCGGGCCAAGGAACUGCAUCGGGAUGAGGCUGGCCCUGUUCGAGCUGAAGCUGGGACUGGCCAGGCUCCUGAUGAAGUACCGCGUCAUGACUGGACCUGACACUGAUAUUCCCCUGAAGAUGAAGAAGUUCAAGAAGUUUCCCCUCCCAGAGAAUGGCAUAAGGCUGAAAGUUGAGCUGGUAGAUCAGGCUGCAAACUGAUGUUUCCUGCAGUUUCUAUAUUGGUGUGUGUUGUAGUUCCUAGGAUGUGCUGUACAUUGUACUUUGAAGAAUGUACAUUAAAAUGUUGUUUUAAAAUUUUCACCUGGGUUAGGACCAACCUGUGUCGGGGCCAUUGAAGUUGAUGUACAUGUAUACAUGUAUGAUGAUUGAGGAAUGACAUCCUCCCCUUAAAUAUACUGGUACUGGUAUUAAUCCUUUAUCCGGAAUGUACUGUAAUGUAUGAAACACUCCAAAUAGUGUUGCCAAUUAGUUCUAAGCAGACUGCUUUUGAUAGUCACUAUAAAUUUGAGAGAUUGUCAUUUGUCCAGGGUAGUAAAUUUAUUGUUACUCUUCAGUCUAGUCGUGCGCAUUUGGAGAUUCCCCCAGUAUAGAGACAAGUAGACACUGUCUAUGCAUAUUUUAUAUUGUGAACUGAUGGAUUGUUACCAAUGAUAGCUUGUACCUGGAGGCCAUCCGUCUAGGCUUGCCUCCUGGCGCUACAAUCUGUUGUAUGCUGUGAUGAUACACACAUACUUGAUCAAAGAAUGAAAUAUAAGUGCAGUCAUUGGCUACCUGUCACAAAGGUAACAUUAUAAUUCCAAUAUUACAAAUAGUUUACAUCCACCUGCCAUAAAAAAGGAACAGCCUAGAAGACCUGCAAACUAUACAAACAAUAAUGUCUACAAUUAUGUCUCAAAAUGGUAUUGAAUUAAUAAAUUUAUACAUGCUGUAAUAUCAAGUUAUACGUUGUAUACCUGUACUGCAUUUUGUCACCUUAAUUAUAAGAAGCUGUGCACAAUAGGACGAACUGAUACAAUGUGUUAGAAGGGGUGUUAUGUAGAGAGGCAGUUAAAUUUGAAUGUGUGCUAUUUAUGUAAUACCUGAUUCAUGAUCAAAACAAGUGUUUUUUUCUUAAGUUUCAAAUAUUAUAUCUUAUAACCCUAGCUAGCCUCUGGUGUGAUCUCCUAAAACCAUAAUUUGCUAUUCAUGAUAUUGUUACUAGUAGUUUGCAGUUAGAUUGCAUCCAUGUAUAUAUGGAUAUAUUAUUGAAUGUCAUAUAAUUAACAAUAAAUAUUACGAUGAAUGUU